AUCUCGUCAAAUUUCCCUCAGUCUCUCUUUCAAAAACCCUAGCUUCCAUUUCACACUCACAAGUUUACUGAAGUCGUUCACUGCUCUCUUGCUUUCGGAAAACGCUCGUCGUUCGAAGAUCUGACAUCAGAUAGGCGAACGUUUUUUCGAUCAGCAAUGGCUUUGGUCUUGUACUCUGGUAGCACAAACAAGAAUGCUUUCAAGGCACUUAUUGCUGCUGAGUACAGUGGUAUCCAGGUGGACCUUGCUCCCAAUUUUCAGAUGGGGGUUACCAAUAAAACUCCUGAAUUUCUUAAGAUGAAUCCCAUUGGAAAGAUUCCUGUGCUUGAAACCCCCAAUGGUGCUAUCUUUGAAAGCAAUGCAAUAGCACGUUAUGUUACUCGUCUGAAACCUAACAAUCCUCUUUAUGGUUCUUCAUCAAUUGAAUAUGGUCAGAUUGAUCAGUGGGUUGAUUUUGCAACAUUAGAGAUUGAUGCUCACCUUGGGACUUGGUUCAGACCAAGAAUGGGCUAUGGUGCUUAUCUUCCUCCUGCCGAGGAAGCUGCCAUUACUGCCCUUAAAAGAGCUCUUGGUGCUUUGAAUACACAUCUGACUUCAAACACUUUCCUCGUUGGCCAUUCUGUGACCUUUGCUGACAUCAUAUUGACAUGCAAUUUAUACAGUGGAUUCUCCCGCCUCAUGACUAAGAGUUUCACCUCUGAGUUCCCUCAUGUGGAAAGAUACUUUUGGACAUUGGUGAAUCAACCUAAUUUCAGCAAGAUCUUGGGUGAGGUAAAGCAAACUGAUUCCAUUCCACCAGUUCCAUCCACAAAGAAGCCGGCUCAGCCAAAAGAAAUUAAACCAAAAACCAAGGAUGAGCCUAAGAAGGAAGCACCAAAAGAAGUAGCAAAGCCAAAAGAUGUGAAUGUGGAAGAAGAGGAUGCUCCAAAACCCAAAGCAAAGAAUCCUCUUGAUUUGCUUCCUCCAAGUAAGAUGAUAUUGGAUGACUGGAAGAGACUGUAUUCCAACACGAAGACUAACUUCCGUGAAGUUGCUAUCAAGGGUUUUUGGGACAUGUAUGAUCCUGAGGGAUACUCUCUUUGGUUUUGCAACUACAAAUACAACGAUGAGAAUAUGGUUUCCUUUGUCACCCUUAAUAAGGUCAGUGGAUUCCUUCAGCGAAUGGAUCUAACUCGCAAGUAUGCUUUUGGAAAGAUGCUUGUGAUUGGUUCUGAGCCGCCUUUCAAGGUGAAGGGAUUGUGGAUCUUCCGUGGACAGGAAAUUCCUCAGUUUGUUAUCGAUGAGUGUUAUGAUAUGGAGCUUUAUGAGUGGACAAAGGUUGACCUUUCAGAUGAAGAGCAGAAGGAGAGGGUUAACCAAAUGAUCGAGGAUCAAGAACCGUUUGAAGGAGAGGCACUUUUGGAUGCCAAAUGCUUUAAGUAGAUGAGAAUCUAAACACAGUUGGUAAAGAAUCAAGUUUUGUUGGAUCUUUAUUUCACAUUUUAUUUUUGUGGGUGUUUGUUCAAAGUGAAGCUGUUAUUCUCAUUGAGUUUUAUAUUACGGUUUUAUUAUAUGUUUUUGUUAUUGAGAUGGUCAUACUGAUAAUGGAACUUAUUUAUUCAGGCUUUUUAGUUACUU